ACAACAGUAAAGGUUGAGUAAAAAACAACCACUUGUAGCAAUGAUAGACUAUUUUUGGUAAAAUAAAUUAUUUGAUGACGUCACAAGUUCUGAUGGUGAUUGUCCAUCCAUAAUAUGUAAGCACUGCUAGAAAAGCCAUGAUUUUAAAUAAAUUCUAUGACGUAAUUUUAUUAUAAAACUAACUCUUUCAAGACAUUGAGUGGCGCACACCAAUUGCCUCCCACGCGUUCUUUUAUACAAAACACCUUCGCCGGAUUGUUCAAGGGUUGCUGUGGUGUGCUGUUCUUCAUUUAAGAUCGAAAAGUAAUUAAUAGGAUAAUAAAAUGGCUGAAGACAUGAAAGCUGCGGUUAGCGCUCUGCUAAAAGGAAUAGAUCGGUACAACCCGAACAAUGUUGUGAUGUUUGAGCAGUAUGUGGACCGCCAAUGCCAGGACAACACAUAUGACCUGGAGGCCAACCUAGCCCUACUAAAGCUGUACCAGUUCAAUCCGGACAGCUAUAACCAGGAGAUCACCCAGCGCAUUCUGCUGAAGGCCAUCACCAACCUGCCACAUACAGACAUCAUCCUCUGCAAGUGCCUGCUGGCAUCAGAAAAUAUGGAGAAGCCAGAGAUCAGGGUCAUUCUGCGGCUGUCGACCCUGCUGGAGCUGUGCCAGUUCCAGACCUUCUGGGAGCAGAUCGAGGACCAGCAGGAGCUCAUCUCCGACAUCACGGGUUUCGAGGACUCUGUGCGGCGAUACGUGUGCCAUGUUCUGAACAUCACCUACCAGAGGAUCGGCAAGGAGCUGGUCCAGUCGGCACUCAACGUCACCGCCUCGGAGCUGUCCGCCUGGGUGACUAAGUAUGGAUGGUCCGACGAGGGUGAAACCAUCUUCAUCCGCAACCAGGACGAGAGCGUCAAGACCAAAAACAUUCGGGAAAAGAUCGACUUCGAGACGGUGGCCGGCCUGAUGGCUACGUCAAAGUGAGACGUCCUGUUCAAUUUUCUGUCGGUUGGGGGAUAUGGUUUAAUACAUAUGUGACGCUCG